AUGGCACGUCUCGACUUGGUUUUUGCACUGCAUGCUACCCUUCAUGGCUCCCUUGGUCUCGCAUUGUUCUUUGCUCCUCAAAUUGUAGAAUCAACUUUAUCACUCAACGACAACGCAGCUGGUAUUUUGGCCGUACGUGGUUAUGGUGUUGCUAUCCUGGGUGCUGCUCUUGCAAGCUUAAUGUGCUUCAACUUGCCUGACAUGCUUCCGUGUAAACGUGCUACAGCAACGGGAUUGAUGGUGUAUCAUGCUCUUGUGGCCUAUCUUUAUUUCGAUGCACGUAAACAAGAGACAUUACCCUACAUGACAGCCACUGGUGCUAUGCUACUUCAUAUGGCUUUCCUCGCCGUCUUUUACGUUUGGUCCAAGGUGACCGAGAAUCAAGUCAAGGCUUUUAGCAAACAGCAACGACAACAACAAAAGGGAUCUCGCAGCCAUUAG